CAGCAACAGGAGGAGGAGUCGCUUGUUGUUGAGGAUGUAUAUCUUUCAGCUUAGGCUGGUUUAACAGAAAAAUAUGGAAAGCGACUGUACGCACUAAGAUUCGUUUAGGCAUUGAAUGCCCUUUCAUUUAGUUUACAACAAGUUCCUGAAGAAUACGGAGGUGUUUUUUUGGAGAUCGGGGACAGGUGCCAUGUGAGAAUAAACCUUCCCUGAAGGUGCCAUGCUUGCCACACAGAUGCCAGAAAAGCAACCGGAGGCUAAAGAUGUCAAACAGAUCAAAGAAAAGUUCGCCCUGUCUCUUAAAGCCCUCCAGAAACGAUAUGUGACAUCAGACGGUGUGGUCACCAGUGAGGACGGGAAUGCUAACCUCCUCUGCUCGGCCCUGGAGGCCAUUUUCAUCCAUGGUAUCAAGAGCAAAUAUAUCCGCUCCGAAGCUGGAGGCCGGAGUAAGAAAGGGGACCGAGGAGUCCUCCCUCAGCCUUAUUUCUGGAGCCUCCUCAAGACGGUCACCCACCGUGACGUGAUCACAGAGCUGGAGAAGAUCAGCUAUCUCAGCACAGAAGUGGGCCGGUGCAGAGCAUGGCUGCGGUUAGCCCUGAACCACGGCCUUCUAGAGUGUUACCUCUUGUCUCUGUUUCGGGAGGACUCCAUGCUGCGCGCCCACUAUCAGCCCAGUGCCUUGCUCCUGAAUGAAGAAGAACGUGAAGUUCUGCUCAGCUACCUCCAGGGUCUGGCUUCGCUUACAUUUAGCUUGUCUUACAAGUCGGCCGUCCUUAAUGAAUGGACCACCACCCCUCUGGCUCUUGCUGGACUCUGCCCACUGUCCCAGGCGGACGACCUCAAUGGCGGAGGCCAUCUCACCUCAAAGCCAGUUCGUAAGGAAUCGUGGGACACUUUGUCUCAGUCGUCGGGUUCGUCGGAUGCAUUGGAUGUGAAGAGAGUUUGCCCGAUGUUUCUUUCCGGCGGAACCGGAAUUUUACAAGGAGAAAAGACAGCACUUCACUCAUCUAAUUUGAGUCUAGACACCACAGGGUCCUCCCAGCUCUCCUCCAGCCUGAGCUCUGAUAGCUUCCUGCAGGGACAGGACCUCCGCAGCCCGACUGGAGAGCCGUGGUCUUCAGGUGACCUGGAAGCACCCAUUAAUGUCAAAAACGGCACCAAAAGGCACCAUAAAGAUGUGCUCUCUGAUUUCCAGGAGAGUGGACAGUGCAGUCAGGACUCGAUGCGCGAAGACUCAUUCGUCUCCAGCACAGGAGGCGAACUUUUCUCAGAAAACACAACAUUCAGCGGCUCAGACAGCGAGAACCAAGGCCAGGAUAUGUCAUUCCUAGACCCUGCAGAACAGCUGCAAAAUUCCGACCCAGAGCCACCUCCACCCUGUGUCCAGAUGCCAUCCGGUGAUGAACAACCUCAUGUCAAGGAACCACAUGAAAUCUGCAAUGGUAACUCUUCUGAUUUAUGGUCAGAUGCAGCAGUGCUCUCCUCCGUUCAUGAAUCUGUCAAGCGUGUGGAGGAAGAACACGUGACUGUGGUUCAGGAAAGCGCGGAGCCGGUUCAGGAAAUAAAGCAAACAGGCAGUUCAGAGAAGAACAGCUCCGAAUCACAAACACGCAAAGGAUCACAGCGCUCAGCGAGUAUCAUCACCAGGAAACUGUCCACAGAUUCACUCUCACAUUCACAUUCUUGGAUUUCUGAGGACGAUAUCUACAAGCCUCACCUGGAAGAGGUGCCCGAUAAUGAGGAGGCGUCUCCCACAGCUGACCUUAAGGCUUCCCAGUCUCCUCCCAGUGUCGUCCAUCGCAGACAAAUAGGGCUUUCCAACCCUUUCCGAGGUCUGCUGAAGCUCGGCCACUUGGAACGACGUGGUGCGAUGGGAUUAUGGCGCGACUACUACUGCGAGCUCUCUCCUUUCGAGUUCCGACUGUAUCUGAAUGCAGAGGAUCGUGAAUGUUGCGACAAUUGCUCGCUCCUGCGGUGUGAAGACAUUAGUAUCACAUCAUCAGAUUGCCGCUUUGAGUUGGCCUUUCCAGGAAAGCGGCUUUACCUCCGAGCAGCCAAUCAGGAUGAAGCCGAGGACUGGGUGGACCGUAUAGUUGAGGCUGUGAACAAAUGCCGACCAGCACCACACGAUGACGAGCAUUGGGAAGUGCUACAGCUAUCUGGAGAAAACAGAGUGGAUGAGCGUACAGUUUCAUGUCCAUCUUCUGCUCACUCAAGCCCUGAGAAACACUUGUCAUCCUCUGACUCAAGCGAAACGGCUCCUCCUCUGCAGGAGUUUGACUGGACUCGAACUGCUGACUUGGAAACAGAUGCCCUCAAAGAAGCUGUUUUGUAUCUAUCCACAGAUUCUGAAGCAAGGAUGUGGGCCCCACUGGUUUUUUCCCUUUCCUUGGAGGCCCUCAAAGGCUUUCGGGUACAGGAGGAAAGGAAGGUGUUGUGGCUAAACCAUCCCGUUGCUGAAAUUAGGGAUGUUGUUCCGGAUGUGUCCUUGGGAGGACCAGCCGUUUUCAAAGUCCUGACUGUGAGAGAUACACUAAGAUUCAGGGCAGAGAAUCCAGAGGAAGCUCGCUCCUGGAGAUCUUUGAUCCGUGGAGCUCUGGACUCGUACUUGGAGAGCGGAGAGGAUGGAAUUGCUGAGGAGCCUGUUCCAGUUCGAAGCAUUGCAGUGAAUAGUAAUCUGCAUAGACUGGUGCAACAUAGACUAAAAGAAAAUGGACCACUUCUGGGACAUCUUUACACAGUUCCAUCAGAAAAGGGGCUUGACACUCAGGGCUUUAAAUGCACAGGCUGUCCUCAGCAGAUUGGCCCAUCCAGAGGCAGAGCCAGGCUGUGUGAGUUUUCGGGCCAGUACUUCUGUGACUCCUGCCACAAGGGGGAUACCACCAUCAUCCCAUCACGCAUGGUGCACAACUGGGAUCUCACCCAACGAGAGGUGUCAAACAAGGCUCUGCAUCUUUUGGCUCAAAUAGAGCAGGAGCCUCUGCUGAACCUGGAGCAGCUGAAUCCUGACCUGGUGAGCCAUGCAGAAUCUAUGGCUCAGGCCCACAGCCUUCGACAAAGGCUACGUCUGCUGGGCGACUAUUUGCUGACCUGCCGCAGUGGAGCCUGCAAAAAACUCCACACCAGAAUGGGACAGCGAACGUACCUAUUAGAAUCGAGCCACCUAUACAGUGUCCUGGAUUUAAGACAGAUAGCAGAGGGCCAGUAUGCAGCCUUCCUGAACUCCCUGGUGCAGCACGCCUCUAAUCACGUAUUAAACUGUGACGUGUGCACUCAGCGAGGCUUCAUUUGUCAGAUAUGCCACUCUAAUGACAUCCUCUUCCCCUUCCAGUUCAACAGCACCACCAGGUGUAAAGAUUGCAAAGCAGUGUUUCACCUUUCCUGCAAGUCUGCCAAGAACGCUUGUCCUCGCUGUCAGCGAAUGAAGAAAUACCUGGAGAGAGAUCUGCAGGACUGAGAACUACAGCAAAACCUUUACAAUUGAACGAUUUAAGUUGAGCUUAAGUUUUUACAUAAAGUAACCUAAAGUGCAAUUACGAGAAGGAUGGGCCUGCCCCAACUGAUUGAACACUGAAGAGAGAUUCGAUGAAGGGAGCUCAGUUUUACAGAAACUAAUACUUUGCACUAAUUUAGAAGCUAUCAUACAGAACUGAUGCAACCAAAUGAUAAUGACCAGUGAAUUUAUUACUUCUAAAUACUGAGUCAGCCACAGCAUCAAAACAAAAGCAGGACAGAGGUGACAGCUCCUGCCACAAAGUAAAUCCAACACUUUUGUACGCUGUCGUCAAAUUAAGGUUUCUUAACUCCCUUUUUUACCAUCAAAGCUGCAUUCUGUUUUUGUUCUGAUGGUAUAUUCAGGAGUGAGGAUUAAAUAUUUAAAACAAUUAAAAGCAGUACUUGGAGUGAUCUAAUGAACUGAUUUUUAAUUGUGCCUUGUUUUUAUUUUCAAGCUUUACUUGAUUUCCUUUUGAUUUAUAGCUAUAACAGGGCCAAAAUGCAGAACACAGCUGUAUAUAUUAAAUAACAACCAUUACAUUUAUUUCAACUGUAGCAUUUGAUAUUUGGGUUCAACUUUUAAAGUGUAGUUAGGACACACCCCUGUUAUUUAAAAAUGAAAUGUAAAAACGAUUUUAAUUUACGUAAAUUCUGCUUUAAGUUAAAAUGAUUGGAUUUCAAUACUUGUAAAGGAACAAUAUGCUUUGCAUAUUUGCAAUGUAUCAGUUAAUUCGGCAGGAUGGAGCAGUGAUAUCUUUAAUUAUCUUUAACUGAGCAAAACGGUUUUUUUGUGUUUUCUCAGUAUUUACUACUUUGCUUUUAUGUCUUCAGAUUGCUGAAAUUCCAAUAAUUAUUAAUCAAAACUGCCAAGAACAAAAAUAAUUUUGAUAUAUGCACAACAUAUCACAUUUAAGAAGAGCAUUGAGAAUACUGCAGUACUGUUAUUGCUAGAUUGUACUCAUUCUGUCUUAUGUAUAAUGUAUAAAUGACCAUUCUGAAAUAAAAGAUUAUUGCAAUGGGAA